GGGAGGGAGAGGAAAAGGCGGCGACGUGAGUAAAACCAGCUUCUUCCUCUUCACAAAAUCUCCCGACUAAAACUUUCGCUUCCUCUUUGCCCUGAUUCCCUUCGAUUCGACUCUUACCUCUCUCUCUCUCUUACUCGUUUUCGCAUUAUUGCUCGAAGCCCUAGCUGUCUCCAUCGGUAGAUUCUACGGCGGAAUCAAUAUCCGGUGAAGAGUCGAAGUUUUUCUGGGCUUUUUGCGAUUUCGUUUGGGUGUUUGUAUCUGAACUCAAAAUUAGGGUUCUUAUCCAGAGUCGCCGAUGGCUCCUAGCCGUAGAAAAACAGGGAGCAAAGGCAUCGCGAAAGGAGAGUUGAGACUGGGUGAUCUCGUUCUUGCUAAAGUCAAAGGCUUUCCUGCUUGGCCUGCUAAGAUCGACCGGCCCGAAGAUUGGGAUCAUGUACCAGACCCAAAGAAAUACUUCGUUUAUUUCUUUGGAACACAGGAAAUAGCUUUUGUUGCGCCUCCUGAUAUUCAAGCCUUCACUAGUGAGGCAAAGAAUAAACUGUUAAAAAGAUGUCAAGGUAAAACGGUCAAGCACUUCGCACAAGCUGUGGAGGAGAUCUCCGCUGCAUUUGAGAAGUCGCAGAAUCGCAAGUCAGAUAACGUGGGCAGUGAGGCGCUUUUGAAUGCUGUUGAGCCUAGUUUGACCAAGGCUAAGGCAUUGGAUGGAAAAGAUCAUAGAGACACUGGUAGUGAUGAAAAUUCUGAUAAGUUCGAUUCUAGGGCGGAUCCUGGUCACCAUAAAGUAGUUGAGAAUAAUGGUGCUGAGACAAAGCCUGACAUAGGAGAAGAAGAUUCAUCACCGGGUGGUGACGGACAGGAGCCCGACUCGGAUAAAAGAUGUAAAGAUGAAGUUCUUAGAGCCAAGCCUCUGCCUGAUAGUCGAGCUACAGAUAAUAAUCCCAUUGGUCCUAACCAGAAAUUAAAGGGCAGUAAAAAGGAAUCUUUUGUCAAGAAGGUGGUUUCGGAUCUUAAUAUCGCUGGUUGUGAAAGCUCAAAAAAGUUGCUUAAAGAGAAACCAAGCGCCGGAGUCUCGAGUGAUAAGCAUGAGUAUGCAGCUGGCUCUAAAAAUGGGAGUUUGGGGAAGAAAAAGAGGUUUGAAAGUGAAUUUGGAAAGUCUGCAUCAGGAGAAGGUGAGAGUCCACGUGCUGCUAAGAGACAACGAUCUGAAGAUGCUAAGGAUCAAAAUCCAUCUAAGAGCAAACGUCUUCGUCCUGAAGGCAAAGCUGAAGGAUCUGAUUCUGCUGGCGUUGUGUCAAUUCGAAAGCGUGAGAUUGUUGAUAAGGAAAUGGUCGGUUAUACAAGGCGCCACAAACAGACAGUUGAGCACACAAAAUCUUCCUCCUUUUCUGGCUCUCGUGAUAAAAAGGGAACAAAUCAUCCAGAACGGAAGAUUAGUACAUCUUCUGCUGAAUGUGUGAAGGUUUCAGCUGCUCAGCUGCCUAAGAGACGGAGGGCAGUUUAUAUCUAUGAUGAAGAUGACGAUGAAGAUUCAAAGACUCCGGUGCAUGGAGGAGAUACCAAUGUUCGCAAUGAUACUUCAGCGUCUACUGAUGGUCCUAAAAGUGCUAAGGCGUCCCAUGAUACUUCUAUUAAAGUGAAGCGAUUUGAAGGAUCUGAAAAAAGUGCCGAAACAGGAAAGGUACCGCUGUGUAAACAUAACAAGGAGGCUUCACUUACACUUCCUGAUAGCGUGGAUGGCCUUUCGUUCAGCUCGCCUAUGGGAAAAUCUGUGACCGAGUUACCCCCAGAGAAUGUCAAGCCAAUCUUAAAAUCUCCUAAGAAAUCCCCCAAGCUGAUUACAUUCAAGAAACAGGUGACGGGGCAAAAUAAAACUGCAAAAGUCUCUGGUGCAGGAGUGCCAGAUAGCGUGGAGGGCCUCUCUAACAGCUCGUCUAUGGGAAACCCAGUCAUCAAGUUACCCACAAAAAAUGUUAAGCAGGUCUUGAGAUCUCCUAAGAAGUCCCCUCAGUUGGUUUCAACUAAGGAUCAGGUGGCUGGACAACAUAAAAUGGGAAAAGUCUCUGGUGUGGGGAUGUCAAAAAAAUGCCAAGGUGUUUCUUCUAAGGAUGCAGUGGCUGGUUCUGAUAGAGCUAGCUCUUCUCAAUCUCAGGCAAUAAAUCAGAGGAGAAAACCAGCUUUAGGGGAAAAACCAAAAAACACGCCAAAAGUUGCAACUCGUUUGAACGAUGCCGGAGUGUCAAGAGACACUUCUGCUAACUUGUCCACUGGGACGAUUGGUGGCAAUCAAGAAAAUGGAAGUACCCCAUUGGUCAGUUCUGGGUUGCCAGAUUCUUCGUCAUCUAUGAAGGUUCUGAUUGCAGCUGCCCAAGCUAAAAGAAAACAAGCACAUACACCUACUUCACUGUCUGUGAAUUUGGACAAUAAGUUCUCUGGCAUCGGUGAAACGAAUAUGAGAAAUAACAGCCCUUCCAUGGUUCAGAAUGUUUCAUCUUCUGCUGGCGACGCCAUGGUGAUUGCUACUCUGGGACACGAAGAAGAUACGACUCCAUCAAAUCAUGGAAACCAGUCCGCAUCAUGUAACCAAGCUGGGAUUGAAGAGAAUGAAGAGAGAAGAGUUAGCUCAGGGCAUAUGUCAGUUGGGGAUGCUGUCACUGAGGCUGCAAUUUCACGAGAUGCUUUUGAGGGAAUGAUAGAGACCUUAUCCAGAACGAAGGAAAGUAUUGGACGUGCAACACGCCAGGCUAUUCAGUGUGCCAAGCAUGGGAUUGCCAGUGAGGUUGUGGAACUUCUCAUACGAAAGCUAGAAAGUGAGCCUCUUUUCCGACGUAAAGUGGACUUGUUCUUUCUCGUUGAUUCGAUCACCCAGUGUUCCCAUAGCCAAAAAGGUAUAGCUGGCGCGUUGUAUAUUCCUACUGUGCAGGCAGCUUUGCCACGCCUUCUAGGUGCUGCGGCUCCGUCAGGGACUGGGGCUCGUGAAAAUCGCCAUCAAUGUCGCAAGGUGUUGAGGUUGUGGCUUGAAAGGAAGAUUUUUCCGGAUUCUCUCCUGCAUCGCUAUAUUGGUGAUAUUAGCACCUCUGGUGGCGAUGCAACUGCUGGGUUUACCUUACGACGUCCAUCUAAAUCUGAGCGUUCUGUAGAUGACCCUAUAAGGGAAAUGGAAGGGAUGCUUGUUGAUGAGUAUGGGAGCUAUGCGAGUUUUCAGCUGCCUGGAUUUUUAUCUUCUCAUACUUUUGGAGAGGGUGAAGAAGAUGAGGAUUUUCCAACCACAUCACGGGAAGUUGAAAACACACAUAUUGAAGAACCAACCCAUGCUUUAGGAAAAUUAGAGGCACGUGAUAGUUCGGGUGAUAAAACUCCCUGUGUUCUAGAGGCUGUCAAUGGUGUGCGUGAAAUGGACGAUGCUUCUUAUCAGCCAAGAGAUGAAGAACCUUCGUAUGAUAGUUCGAGUGAUAAACCUCACUGUGUUUUAGAGGUUGGCAAUGGUGUGCGUGAAAUGGAAGAAGUUUCUUAUCAGCCAAGAGUUGAAGAACCAUCGUAUGCCUGUGGGACUGGAGCAAGGGAGGACUCACCGACUGCAACCACUGCAACUGAGCUACCUCCUUUUCCAGAGGGUUCUCCUCCACUGCCUCAUGAAACGCCUCCAUCUCCCCCUCCCCUGCCUCCUUCCCCUCCACCCUCAUCCCCACUUCCACCUCCAUCAUCUCCACCGCAGCUGCCACCACCACCACCUCUCUCUCAGCAACGUUCACCUCCACCACUAGCUCCUUUACCACCUCCCCAAUCUAUAGCUACACCACAAUCAUCCAUAAUUCAACCGUCCAAGUCUCGCUAUCCUUCGUUACCCCUUCAACCAGGAUUUGCUCCUCCAUAUCCAGUAUUGCAACAGGAAUACCAGAUAUCUACGCAGCGGUCUAGCGUUGCCACUAACCAACUACUACGGCCGAGCAGUGCUUCUUUCGGACAUAGCCCAGGGACUAGGCAUCUCGCUCCAGCACUAUCCAGCCAUUACUCGAUUCCAAGCCGGAUUAUUGAAUCACAACCCCAGCGCUCCUCCUUUCCUCAUCCUUACCCUUUUCCAUCUCAGUCAGUUGAUGCGCCGCGACAUAUGAAUGAGGAUCCAUGGCGGUUGACUUCAAAUGCACGUCGUGCAGAUACUCAACAUGGAGCCUGGAUACGUGGAAGAAACCCACUUCCAAGCUCUCUUACGGUUACAGAUGGUUUCGUUCAGCCUCAUCCAGAAAGACCACCUUCUGGGUCAAUGAGCUAUCAACCUGCUGCUAAUACUAUGCAUGCGGGCCCUACAAUUUUAGGUCAUACUGCUUCGCAGAUGCUACCAUCUCGGCCUGACGUACCUUCUGCGGCUUGUUGGAGAUCUUCUUGAAGUUAAGUUUGAAAUAGACUUCUCUCCCUUCCAUGGAAGACACUUUUUUGGCGGUAUAUUCACUUCCAGAGGCAUCAAAACUCUUCAGGCUAUUGUCAGGAUACUGCUGUAUAUUGUAAAUUUUCCUGACAAAUGUUAUCACCGGAUCAUGUUCUUCACAGUAUAUAUGCCCUUGUUUCUAAUUUGGUGUCUCUUCUCUGCAUAACCUAGGUUGUCCUCCCUGGAGCCGUAGCAGGAACAUGAAGCAUGCAUGUAUAAACAACCGCGACUUCAUUCAGCGGGUUUUACAAGUAUCCAUAUUGAACGCACUGCUUAUCUGAAGUUUGUUGAGGACUUGAGCUAGGUUUACACUUUGGAACCCAGGAUGGUGGAGUCUUGGAGAUGAGUCCUGGUUGGAUCAAGUUUUUGCGUAAUGUUGAGGUAAAGACAUUGAGCUGAAAAUGAAGCAUGAGCCUAAUAACAAUAGAAGACUGGAAUCUAACAGAAACGUAUUGAUCAUAUGCUUAAUUGAUUUCUUAGGUAACGUAUUUUAAAAACGCAUAUCCGUACUUUUGGUUUCGAUCGUUCCCCAAAAGUUGUGGGACAAUGAACUAGUAAACAUAUGAAACGGUUUAAAAGAAUAUCCUACAAAAUAAAAAAUUUAAGUUCAACUCAUAGAAGUUUAUUCUCGAUUCUGUUGUUUGUUACCCGUUGUGCUAUUACGUUUUUAUUUUACAUCCACAGCCGAAAUCCACUUCUGUCGCCCGUACUGCUAGUGUUCAGGUUGCUUUUUCAUGGUUAUGGCAGAAGUGGAAGUGUUGAGGGAGAUUAACGAUGAUGAAGGUGCAGCUGUGUUGACGACGGUGGGUAGCGAUUUUUGUAUCAUGCUUUUAAAUGUUCCAUUUAAUUUAACACACUUAGCAAAUUUUUAUGCUUGUUUUUAAACUGUGGAUUUAUGCUCUAUAUUUUUAGAUUGUUGAUGAAA